CAGAGACAGAAAAAGGAAAGGGCGUCUCAUCCCCCUCCCUCCUCUCCUCCCUCUCCUGAGCCUUAGCCAUGGCCGAGGCAGGGGCUGGGCUGAGCGAGACCGUCACUGAGACAACAGUUACCGUGACAACCGAGCCCGAGAAUCGGAGCCUUACCAUCAAACUUCGGAAACGGAAGCCAGAGAAAAAGGUGGAAUGGACAAGUGACACUGUGGACAAUGAACACAUGGGCCGCCGCUCAUCAAAAUGCUGCUGUAUUUAUGAGAAACCUCGGGCCUUUGGCGAGAGCUCCACAGAAAGUGAUGAGGAGGAAGAAGAGGGCUGUGGUCAUACACACUGUGUACGUGGCCACCGCAAAGGACGGCGUCGUGCAACCCUAGGACCAACCCCCACCACCCCUCCCCAGCCUCCUGACCCUUCCCAGCCCCCACCAGGGCCAAUGCAGCACUAAAUUCCUCUCUCCUCCACCAUUCCUGUGUCUGUCUGGCCCUGAAUGUAUCCAUGUGGCUACUUCUUCAGCCCCCUCCUUCCCUCUCUUCUGCCUGAUAGAGGAAAGAGGAAGAGGAGGGUGAACAGAGAUCCUGGAAUUCUGACUUGCUGCUAUUCCAACCCAGCCUCCUGGGUUCCCCUAGUCCUCAUUCUUCCUCCCAAUACCCACCCUUCUCUCUCAAGGGAUCUAGUCAACUUGGUCCCAGUCUCUUCCUUUUGUUCUCACUGCCAAACUGCCUGUCCUGGGAUCUAGUUAUCUUGGCCCUGCAUGCUACAUGAGUAGCAAACACUUAAAUUGGGUUUUCAACAGUCCCAGCUUUCACUGCCAGGGUCCCAGUCAGAUUCCAGGAAUUUACACCCUAGCUUUGCUUGCUAAUCCUGGUUUAGAGCUAUCCUACUAAAAUAUUUAAUCUUAAUUCUUAGUCCUUGACUGUGAGAUAUGAGGUCUUACAGGAGACCUCAGAGCUCCCAGCCCUUCUCCUCCUGCUAACCCUCCUCACGCCCUGAAGAGGAGUUAGAAAAGAGGUCCUUGUCAUUCUCACCUCUUACGGAAAAUGGAACAGGAAAUAAUCAUAUCCUUUCUUCCCACCCUUCUCCUAUGAUUUAGGAUUUCUGACAAAGAUGGCUUGAGAUUGGUCACUUGGAGCCAACUAUCUCCUCCACCUUUUGUUUUUCAGCUUCAGAGACAGAUCCAAUAUAGUCCCAGGGACCUGAGUCUCUGGGAUAGGAAGGAAGAGGGAAGGAGCAAAGAGACUGGGGUAUAUCCCCUUUACUACACUCUUACCUCUUACUUCCUAGACUUUGAUUUCUCUGCCAGCCCAGAUGUUCAGUUCCUCUUGGCCCUCUCUACCCCUUACUGGGAUUUGGUUUUCAUUUUCCAGUCCUUUUGCCAUACACAGUUGCAGAGAUCAGUCAAAUCCAUACCACCACUGAGAUCUCAUUUAUUGCCACAGAUGCACAAAAUAAAUAACCCAAAAUCA